AUGGUUCAAUAUGCCAAAUAUGCUAUUUGUUCCAUUUUUUUUCUCCAUACCAUAUUUAUUGACGGUGAUUACUGCGGCGAAAAUCGAAUACCAUUCGGCUUUGACGUUCAUAUCAGUGGUCAGCCUUAUUUGUUAUGCUCGAGACCAAAUUGUUUUGAGAAGAAAUAUUCAGAUUGCGAAGAUAGUGCCUUACGAACUUCUUGCGACGAAGACAACACGUGGAUUGGAGGAAUAAAUAAAAAUUACGGUCUUCACCAACCAUUUUAUGUAUUGUGCUGUACAUUUGAUGAAAUCACAAACCACUCGACUCCACCAUUUACGAUGAUAAUUCGUCCAGGCGAGUAUUUCGAGGGAGAAGAACAAAUGGAUUCGACAAAUGAUGACGUUAUCGCUUUUGAUGUAAUUACAAAUCUGAAAAGAUUUCGCGAUACACCUAAAACGUAUAAUUUCAAUAAUAUUUUUGCGAUUUAA